AUGGCGAGUUCGUCGGAGAAGGCGCCUUCCCCUGCAGCGGCGGAUCUGCCGGAGCGAGGUAAGAUUACGGUGGCCAGCGGCAAACCAAAGAAGAAGACGAGGAGGAUGACGCAGGAGGAGAUCGACAGCUGCAUCCGGUACAAGGGCGUGCGCAUCCCCGUCGACUCCGUCCGCAAGGCGAGCAAGCUGAGGCUGGCCCUCACCAACCUCGACGACCUCGGCAGCCUCCCGGUGUCCCCGGACGAGCUGGAUGACUACGUCACCAACAUGAUCCGGGAGGUGAACGCGAUCGAGGAUGACUUCCAGAAAGAGAGAGACGAGAUCGCGAAGGAGUACUACGCAAAGGGCUACGUCGAGCGCGAGGUCAGCGACGACGACGAAGCAGGAGGCAGCAACCCCCGUGUGGAGAUGGGCUCGCCCUCGCCCAUUUCCGGAAGCACCGUAACCGUAAGCAAGCUCAACUGA